CUCAGGGAGGAUGGCAGUCCGGCCCCGAGACCUUGGCGUGGGGCUUUUCCUGGGAGCAGCUGCUCAUGAAUGGGACGCAGAACCGGAGAUCCGGACUCUGCUGAAGGACCAGAACCGGACCGGACCGGCUUUUCUGCAGGUUUCACUGGGAACCCAGUUUAGGUGCAGUUCUGUUCACUGUGGACUAUGGAAAACAGCUGUGAGACUCGGCGGCCCUGAGGCGGAGUAGCGGGACGAGCGCCGCGGCGAAGGGGCCGACUCCGGGAAACGCGCCACUCCUCCGAUGCUGAGAUGCCGGAAGAAUCCAGCAAGGACGCCAACAAGGACGCCAUGAGAACGCCGGCGACCUCGGAAAAGGCCGGCGGCGCCGAGCGCCCUGCUAACGCCCACGCUCCCCUGGCGACGACGGUUAGCAUCCCCCUGGUCAACGACGGCCAGCUGACGGCGGCCACCGGCGGCGCCGAGCUGUCCUGCUACCGGUGCACCGUGCCGUUCGGCGUGGUGGUGCUGAUCGCCGGCGUGGUGGUGACGGCCGUCGCCUACAGCUUCAACUCGCACGGCUCCACCAUCUCCUACCUCGGCCUGACGCUGCUCUCCGCCGGGCUGGUGCUGCUGGCGUCCAGCGCCAUCUGCUGGCGGGUCUGCUGGCUGCAUCGCCGCAAGGAGCGGCGGCGCGAGAGCCAGACCGCCCUGGUGGUGAACCAGCGAAGCAUCUUCUCCUGAACCCCCACCCAACCCCGAACUACGACCACCGGGACUUUCACCGGGACUUUCACCGGGACUUUCACCGGGACUUUCACCGGGACUUUCACCGGGACUUUCCGAGUCUGCGGCGGGUUUCAGGCCACGUUUACACAUAGCCGGGUAUUUACAAAAACGUAACGUAACGUUUCCCCCUCUACGUUUUUAAUAAUACCAUCAUUUACACAAAGCCGCAUAAAUACGCUGUUAAGGUGCUAUGAGCAUCCAAACCUACAGGGGGCAGUGUAACGAGAAGAUAAAGUCAUGCUAGCCAAUCAGAAUCCUGGAAAAAAACAUCAACAAAUGACACGAGUAACUUCCAGUUGAGAAGUGGAGUUACUUUUAAGUGUAACGUUAGAAUAUAAAAGAAGUAAAAUAAAAGAAAAUAUUGACGGUGGCCAAACAAAUUGUAAACACAGGUCGCACUCAUGACGUUUCUGUCGCAUAAUGUGACUUUCUAAAGCCUAAAUGUCCGUUUCCCUCCGUUUACAAGCAAACGUGAAGACGGAGAGUUUUUGCAAAUCUCCACUUUGGCCGGAGUUUUCAGAAAUUAUGGUUUUUGUUGACUUUGAGCUUCGUUUUCGUGCAAACGAACGGCCAAAACGCAUGAAAACACCACCGUUUUUUGCUACGUGUAAACGGGGCCUCAGAGCGGAGCUGGGGGCCAAACGGGGCCCGGGGGGGCCAGCUGCGUUUCCACCUGUAAAAGCUCCCAGCGCAGAACCCCAACCCCCCCCUAAAGCUUUGAAGACAUUGUAAGGGAUUGAUUUUUUGCAAACAGACGCCGAGCAUCUGGCAAGCCGGGAACGCGGCCAGGAGAAAUGUAUCACAAUUAAGAUGAAUUAGCGGCGAGCGCGGCGGCGGGGAGGAAGCCGGCCAUUAAUCUGCGGCUGCUCUGAUUGUGACGGGAGGAGAAAAAAGCCCCAGGAAGGAGGGCGGAAGCGGGAAAGUCCGAGAGGAAUGAUUCACACCUCAUUUACUAGCCCUCCACUUGCACACGGCUGGUUCUGAACUGGGCCGGGGAAACGGUUCUGGUUCUGGUACGCCACGUCAGAGAGCUCAUCUGUUCAACCUUAAAUACUCUGCAAGCACUUUGAUCCGGCACAUUCACCAUACUCAGUAUUAGACUACGUGUAUUAGUUAGAUUUAAGUGUGUUUGCUUACUAUGGGAUGUCUGAAGCAUUUAAAGUGUCCGUUUGUGUCGUCAUGAAUAUUAAAUGUAGCACGUAUUUACUAUGUACUGAUAACAGGAUGAUUACAGUCUUAAUAAAGUCCUUAUUACUCAAACA